AUGGGUCUCUCUUGGAGGUGCGCCUUUUUGCACUCCCGUUGUUUCCGUGUCUUUAUUCUAACAUCGCUGCUUGUGUUUUCAGUGCUGUACAUUGUCUUGACGAUCGGGGUUAUUUUCACACCAGCAACGCUUCUAAUUAAAAAGUGGUAUGAUCCACUUCCAAAAGCUAUUGUGUCUGUCAAAGACAGUGCUCAAAUUAUUUACCCAAUGAUUGAGGAUGUCUCAAAAUUGUCCAACACAGUCAUCCGAGCAGACUAUUUUUUCCAGUUUGGGUUUUCGGAGUUCAACAAGACGUACAACAUUAUCGACCAAACGAUCGACGAACAAGUCUUUCCUAUACUGAACCUCACCAACUCUGCAAUAUCAGGAGCAACUGGUUUUGUCAAUAAAAUUGCAGAUUUUCUUCAUUCAAUACACAUCAACUUCAACAUUUCGUUCGUCGACAACCUCAACAUAAUCAAUGACAUUCUCAGCGAGGUUCCACAACAACUCACUGAUCUCCAGUUUCAAAUGGACAAGGCAACAAGAGCUGGCGAGGCUCUUGGGCAGUCCAUUGAUGUUGUUGGGCACAGGUUCAUCAAGUUUUACCACACUUGCGAUAAUCUCACUGAUGUUGUUGAUAAUGUUUUCCAAGACGUUGAUAUUAUUGUUCAACAGAUGGAUGUUUUGGAAGAUUCCAUACCGGUGGUUGUUGUACUUGGAAAGGCGGUCGCGUGCUUUGUUAUGGUGUGGCUUGCAUUUGUUACUAUGAUCAUUUUCUUGUAUGUCAAAUAUCACAAGCCAGUUGGUUGA